GGGAACGGCGGCGGAAGCGGCGGCGGCGGUCGCCGCGGUGAUGGCGUGGCGCGCGGCCCCGCCCCCGCCGCGCUGAGGGGAGGCGGAAGCGCGCGCGCGCGUGUAGUGCCGCCGCUGCCCGGGCUGUGUGGGACAGAUCCCAGGAGCGGCCCAGCCCGGGCUGCUGCUCCCCAACCCCGCCGCUGCCUAGUUACCGCUGGGGCAGCUGCCCGCUGCCUUCCGCAGCUCCGGGCAUCCUGCGGGACCAACAGUAUUCCCUCUUCCCGAGCUGCCCCCGGCUGCCGUGGGGAAGGAAGGCGGUGGUGGCGGCCCUGGGAGGGCAGCCCGGCUGUCGCUGGCCCGGGCUCCGAGCGCGGCGUCUCCUCUCCCUGCUGGGCUCUGGGCACCGCCGUCUUUGAUUCUUCAGGAGGCUCAUCUCAAAGUAUAGCUUAAAAAAGCUUUAUAAAUAGUGGGAGAGAAUGUCACAUAAAAGCUCUAAAGUAACCAAGAAAGUAAACGUUUCUAGCUCCUUGGAAUCUGAGGAUAUCAGCUUGGAAACCACAGUACCAACCGAUGAUGUUUCUUCCUCUGAAGAGAGAGAAGGUACUGUAAAAAUCACUAAGCAGCUGAUUGAACGGAAGGAACUGCUCCAUAAUCUUCAGCUGCUUAAAAUAGAAUUAUCGCAAAAAAACUUGAUGAUUGACAACUUGAAAGUUGAAUAUUUGACCAAGAUUGAGGAGCUAGAAGAGAAACUUAAUGAUGCAAUCCAUCAAAAGCAGCUGUUGUCUUUACGACUGGAUAGUCAGGUGGCAUUACAGCAAGAAGAUGCCAGGAAACAUCAGGCUCUAAUGAAGCAAGAAAUGGAAACUAUUUUAUUGAGACAGAAGCAACUGGAGGAAACAAAUUAUCAGUUGAGAGAGAGGGCUGGAGAUAUCCGUCGUAGCUUGCGAGACUUGGAAUUAACAGAUGAAUGCUAUGAGAAGCUAAAGUCUCUUCCUGAAGAUCAGCUUUCUAUCCCUGAAUAUGUUUCAGUCCGGUUCUAUGAAGUAGUCCAUUCCUUAAGAAGAGAGCUAAGUGAUCUACAGAUGAAAAAGGAGAGUCUGACAGAAGAACUAAGUGGGUACAGAUCCCAACUGAAGUGUCUGACAGAGAACUAUGAAGACGAGAGGAGGAGUCGCUCAGAGCUUGAGGUCAGAUGCCAGCGUUUAACACUGGAACUGGCUGAUACCAAGCAGUUGAUUCAGCAAGGUGAUUACAGACAACAGAACUAUGAUAAAGUAAAAUGUGAACGUGAUGUAUUUGAGCAUGAGCUGUCAGAACUCAGAAGAAACUAUGAAAUACUGGAGGCAUCAUACAAAACACAAACUAAAGAAAGAAAUGACUUAGCAAAAGAGCUGGCAACCAUACAACAAUCCCUCAACUUGUUGCAAAAAGAUAAAGAUUAUCUGAAUCGCCAGAACAUGGAGCUUAGUGUUCGCUGUGCACACGAAGAAGAUCGUCUUGAAAGACUACAGAUUCAGCUAGAGGAUGCCAAAAAAGCUAGGGAAGAAAUGUAUGAAAAAUAUGUUGUAUCCAGAGACCACUAUAAAGCAGAAUAUGAAAAGAGACUGCAUGAAGAGUUGGAACAAAUAAGGUUGAAAACAAAUCAAGAAAUUGAGCAACUAAGAAGCACCUCAAAAGAGAUGUAUGAACGUGAAAAUAGAAAUUUGAGAGAAGCACGAGAUAAUGCUGUUGCAGAAAAAGAGAGAGCAGUUACUGCUGAAAAGGAAUCUUUAAGAAAAUACGAUCAACUCUUAGAACAGUACAGACAAAUGCAGCUUGGCACAGAAAGCAAAGUUGCUGAACUUCUUCACCAAAGUAAGUUAAAGUCCUUUGAGACUGAACAUGUUCAACUCAUGCAACAAGAAACAGCUAAGAAUCUUUCACAGUGCCAAAUGGAAUGUGAGAAAUACCAGAGAAAGUUGGAGGUGCUUACGAAGGAAUUUUAUAGUCUUCAGUCUUCUAGUGAAAGCCGCAUUAUUGAGCUUCAAACACAGAAUUCUGAGUUUCAAGCGAGACUAGAUACUUAUGAAAAACUUGAAAAAGAGCUUGAUGAGAUAAUACUGCAGACAGCAGAAAUGGAAGAUGAAGUUGAAGCUGAAAGGGUUCUCUUCUCAUAUGGAUAUGGUGCUAAUGUUCCUACAACAGCCAAAAGACGACUAAAGCAAAGUGUUCACUUGGCAAGAAGAUUGCUGCAGCUAGAAAAGCAAAACUCGUUGCUUGUGAAAGAUCUGGAACAUCAGAAGGAACAAGUAAUACAGAUUUCACAAGAGCUUGACAGAGCAAAUUCUUUGUUGAACCAAGCACAACAGCCAUACAAAUACCUCAUUGAAACUGUGCAACAGAGAGAUUCUCAAAUAAGUCUACAGAAAGAACAUAUUACACAACUUGAAAAAGAUGUCAGUCUUUUAAAUAAAGAAAAGACAGCUUUGCUGCGUGUCAAGAAUCAAAUGGCAGCAGAUUUGGAGAGACUUCUAAAUGACCGUGAGGAAUUAGCCACAAUGAAGCAGAUUAUUUUUACUCUACAUGGUAAAGGCUGUGAACAAAAUCUACCUCGGUCUCGUAUUGAUGUAAAAAGUGCAACUGGAAAACAAUCAAUCCCUUUGGUAAAACUGCUGCCAGAACAUGAAGAAGAAAAUAUAUUUACACCUAAGCCAACAUUAUUUACAAAUAAAGAGGUACCUGUGUGGUACAAGAAACUGAAGAAGAAAACCUCAGCAUAGCAUUUUUCAAAAAUUAUUCAAAAUAAUCCUUUGGGGAGCUUUUCUUUAAAGAAAGUUAUUUUCACCAUAGUGAUGCUCAUUUUACUGUAAAAGCAAACAACUGUUUUGGUUUUAACUGUUUCUUUUUUGACUGUCAAAUAAUCUUAUGCUUCAUAAAAUAAUUUCUAGAUCUCUCGUGUGAAUAAAAUCUGUGAAAAUGAUACGUGCAAUAAUUUUGCUAACAUUUAUUUGAAUUUUAAAAGAUAAAUAAACACUAGUGUGUUGUGCAAGUUAUAAUCUGGGCAGUUAAAGGAUGUGUUACUCAGGGUGCUCAAAUUAAUGCAUGUUUCAGCCUUUUUAUAUUGUUUUUCCUGGACCCUGUGUUGCAUGCCACAUUCCUCACAACUAUUCUGACUAAUGGAAAUUUUCAAAAUAUACAUGCAUUAGUAUUGUAUUUUCUAUAAAGGAAAUUCAUGUCAGCUGGAAACAAAAUUUCUUACUGGCCUUAAUUUAUAGUUCAUCACUUGAUGUCAUUUGUAUAACCAAACAGGCAUUAAAAAUACUUUAAAGAAGCAAUAAAAUACAUCCUUAUUAUCAGCACUGAUACUUAAUGGGCUGUAGUGCAGUUACAUCAAUGUAAUAAUAAAAAUAGAACCAUGAUGGGUGAGGACUGUAGUGUGUAAUAGGGAAAUGGAUAACUUACCAUAUUUAAUUGUAUGAAAAUAAGCCCCACAGUCCAAGAACACAUUCUACUUGUUUAUUCCACUCCACCAUCUAUUCUAAUUAUACAAAAGUUCUCUAAUUUUUCAGAGCAUUCUUGACUGCAUAAGGUACGUUUCUAUGUGUAACAUAAAUACAGAUCUUUCAAGUACUGCAUACUGAAAAUAUUGCUCAGAUUUAAUUUAAGAGAAAGCUCCUUCUUCUUAGUGCCUUUUUCCUUGACAAUAUCUCUUAAAUUGUUAAUGUUUUCUAACCUGGACAUAAACAAUAAUUAUUUACUAUAUAAUACUGAGCUAUAUCAAGUUAUGAUUCCCAGAUACAGUUUUCUUCAUUUUCCAAACAGUUGAAGCACAGUAAUACCUCCUCUGCUCCAGGAAAGCUUCAGUUUCCUUUUUUUUUUCAUUUUCUUCUUCUGAAAGACCAAGGUAAAAAUGCUGGCAAUUGCACAUCACAGGCUUAAAAUUAUCAUUCUGUGAGUGAGGUAGGCCAACUGUGUAGACAGAGGUGAUAAUCUUUUAUUAGACUAACUGCUGUUCACUGGGGAAAAAAAUCACAAAAACUUUUGGCCUCACAAACCUUCAGUACAGUCACUUCUGAAUAAAGUUUCCGGAAGUCUAGGUUUUAUCUAACAUAUAUUUUUAUGUGACUAGAAUCCUUAACUCUUAUUUCCUAUAAAACAGUUCCCAUAUGCAGAUACUAAUUUUGUCAAUUGUAAUAGAUACUUUAUAUGAUUCAGUCCCUAAAUGAA